AUGAAGGGGAUGAAGGGAAAAUUCAUGAAGAAGCUCAAAUCAAUCAAGCAAAUCGGGUAUCUGAAGCAAGAUCGAAUCCUUCAGCUAAAGGCCUCAGAUGGGUACGUCGAUUUUCUCCCCAAGAUUUCUUCUUUCAAUCUUCGCACCCCGUUUGUUUCCCGAGAAAAUGAACCCAAGAAAAAUGUCCAGAACUGUGAGAAAGUGCAGGAGGAACCUGAGGUCAUUGACGUGACAGAACUGAUGAAAGACCUUGAAGAUGAAGAUGAAGAUAAGGAAAUGGAUUUGGAUGAUUACAAUGACAACAAAGAGAACAUAGGACCGUGUUCAAUGAAAUCCAAACACCAACUUUGCCACAAAGGUAGUUCAGAGAAUGAGAACGAAGGAAAAACAGAUUCGAAACAGAGAUGGGCUUUGGAGGAAAAGAGAUCAUCACCAGCAGAAGCUGAUAGGGAUCGCAGCAGAAAAACCCCUUUGUCGGAAAACAACUUUUCGUCAUUCCGGCGGCCGGACUUGGAUUCCGGAACACUAUUCGAUCCGAAUCUGUUAGCUGCAUUUGAGCAAGCUGUGAAGGAACAUACUACAAUGACAGAAGAACAGAGAAGAGGCAGAGUUGAAGAAGAGACUUCACAGAAAGAGGAAGGUGAAGACCCUGACACUGACCCUUUGAUGUGCUUUGAAGAAAAGUGUCCUCCAGGAGGUGAUGAAGCUGUGAUUUUCUACACAACAACGCUUAGGGGAAUCAGGAAGACAUUCGAAGACUGCAACAAAAUUCGCUUCCUCCUCCAAAGUUUCAAGGUUAUCUAUUUUGAGAGGGAUAUUUCAAUGCACAAGGAGUUCAGGGAAGAAUUGUGGAGCAAUUUGGAUGGGAAAACAUUGCCUCCAAGGCUUUUUGUUAAGGGGAGAUACAUUGGUGGAGCUGAAGAGAUUCUGAAUUUGCAUGAGCAAGGAAAGCUGAAGCAACUCUUUGAAGGGGUUCCAAUGGAUUGGUCUAAUGGUCCUUGUGAUGCAUGUGGAGGGAUAAGGUUUGUUCUGUGUUUCAAGUGUAAUGGUAGCAACAAGGUCAUUGCAGAAAAUGGAGAGAUCAAUCAGUGCUCACAGUGUAAUGAGAAUGGCUUGAUUGUAUGCCCUUACUGCUGCUAG